AUGACUGCUACUCAUGGCAUUUCACCUGAACAACAUCCCGGGAGAAACGACUGGGAGAACGAGGCUGUUUUCCGCCGCAAUUGUUUGCCCCCGCGAUGUUACUUCAUUCCCGCUACCGCACUGGUCCUAAAUGGCAAAUGGGACUUUCACUAUGCGCCGACGCCAUGGGACGCUCCGGACAAUCUGCAAGGCGAGCCUCCAGGCGUGCCAGAGGCUUCGUGGAGCUCGAUUGAAGUUCCCGGCCAUUGGCAACUUCAGGGCUUUGGGCAUCCUCACUAUACGAAUGUCCAGCUGCCUAUUCCCGUGUGUCCUCCGUACGUACCGACUGAGAACCCGACCGGCACGUACCGAAGACAAUUCCGUGUUCCUGCAGAGUGGGACAGGACCUCGCUGCUCUGUCUGCGCUUCGACGGGGUAGACUCUGCCUACCAUUUGCGUGUCAAUGGCGUCCUAGUUGGGUAUGCCCAAGGCUCUCGCAACGCCUCCGAAUUUGAUAUCACCGAGUACAUCGAUUGGGAACGUGACAAUGAGGUUUCUGUCACUGUUUACCAGUGGUCUGAUGCUACGUACAUCGAGGACCAGGACCAAUGGUGGCUUUCUGGCAUCUUCCGAGAUGUGCACUUGAUCGCACUCCCUUCCGAUUCCUACAUCCGGGACUGGUUCAUCCGCACCGACCUGGACAACGCGUACGAUAACGGCACGCUGAAGGCCGAAAUUGAACUGUCCAGGCCUGCCAGUGGUUUUGUGAGACUCUCUGUCAAAGGACUGAGCCACAAUAAGGGAACCAUCAUUUCCGAGACCGAGUCGAUCCUCGAUCCCGAAUCCACAAAACUGAGCGUUGACCUCCAUGUUUCGAACCCGAAGAAAUGGACCGCCGAAACUCCAAACCUUUAUCACGUUGAGAUUACGCUGGCACACGGCGAGACCUUUUACACUGUCCAUCAAAUCAUUGGCUUCCGCAAGGUCGAGCUUCUUAAUGGACUCAUCUGCGUCAAUGGCAAGCCGAUACGGUUCAGAGGAGUCAACAGACACGAUCAUCACCCUCAUCGCGGCCGUGCAGUACCUUUGGAGUUUAUCCGCCGAGAUCUCAUUCUUAUGAAGCAGCACAACAUCAAUGCUAUCCGUUGUAGCCACUACCCUCCAGACCCUAGGUUCUUUCAGCUCGCUGAUGAACUUGGCUUUUGGGUCAUUGACGAGGCAGAUCUUGAGUGCCAUGGCUUUCUGCGAAGCGUCUCCCGAGCUCUCAACUUGUCAAAAAGUAUGACGUAUGGCGAGAAGAGAGAUCUUGUGUUUGGACGAUCGGCAGAGUACAUCUCCAACAACCCUUCUUGGGGGGCUGCCUACUUGGACCGUGCCGAGUCCAUGUUUCAUCGGGACAAGAAUCACACUUCUGUUGUCAUCUGGUCACUAGGCAAUGAGUCAUUUUACGGACAGAACCAUGACAGCAUGUACGCUUUUCUCAGGGAGAGGGACCCAAGCAGGCUCCUUCACUACGAGGGUGACGUGGAUGCGAAGCAUGCUGACAUGUAUUCUCGCAUGUACUUGACUAUGGAUGACCUCGAAUCUCAUGCCGAGACUCUCGGUGUUGGCGAGGAUGGCACCUUUCGGAAGCCCAUUAUCCUUUGCGAAUACGGCCACGCGAUGGGCAACGGGCCCGGUGGACUCGAAGACUAUGAAGAACGCUUCCGAAAGUACCCUAGGCUUCAAGGCGGCUUUAUCUGGGAGUGGGCGAACCAUGGUCUGUGGAAGCAGGAGAACGACAAGGGGUUCUACGCUUUCGGGGGUGAUUUUGGCGAGUUCCCCCACGAUGGAACAUUUGCCAUGGGUGGUCUAUGCAACAGUGCUCAUAAUUCGACGCCGGGGCUUCUUGAGUACAAGUCGGUCAUCCAGCCAGUGCGGGCAGAGUUUGUCGAUGGCGAGCUGCUUGUUCACAACAUGUACGACUUUGUUGAUCUGGAGCACCUUACGGCAACCUUCAAGGUGGAGGAACUCGGUAACGAGUCCUCGAUUAUUGCAGCUGGGAAGUUCGAUCUGCCCCUUCUCAACGCCGGCUCGACUGCCAGGAUUUCACUGCCCAAGGGAAUCGCCGGCAUCGAGAGCAAGCAUGAAGUACUUCUUACGGUCCGGUUUUACUUGUCGUUUGAUACUUCUUGGGCCCAAUCUGGCCAUGAAGUUGCCUGUGUCCAGUUCACCCUGUCCGAAGCAACACACACUCCGUCGCCCUUGCAAGAUGCCAGCCUCUCAAACCCGGGCUCCGAUCUCUCGACCACUUCAGUUGGAACCACGCUCAAGGUCAAUGGGCUAAACUGGGAGUUUGAAUUUGACAAGAUAAGAGGAUACCUCAAGGCUUGGAAAUGCUCAGGAUUGUCUCUCCUGGAGCAGGACCCCCUCACAAAGGUGGCCAUGAUCCCGUCCAUCUGGCGUCCACCUACCAACAACGACGUUCCCUCUGCGGUGCCGGAGUGGGAGAGAUACGGGGUCGAAGUCAUGACCAGUCAGAAGAGAUCUUUCGUCUUCAAAAGCGACAAAUCCGGGGUGGUUGUUGAAGCCGAGACGUAUCUUUCUCCCGCCGUCCUGGACUGGGGUCUGAUCUGCCGGACUGUGUACAAAAUAUCGCCUUCAGGAUCUCUUGAAAUUCGCGUCAGCCUUGUCCCUCGAGGAUACAGCCCGCCGGAUGUUCCCCGCAUCGGACUGGACCUCCGCAUGAACCGCGCUUUGGACGGGGUGCGAUGGCUUGGUCUCGGGCCUGGCGAGUCAUACCCCGACAAGCGCAGCUCCGAGAAACGCGGCAUUUGGAGCGCAACAUCGGUAUCAGAUCUUCAAGUGCCCUACGAUCUACCUCAAGAGAACGGCAAUCGGAUGGAAACCCGCUGGCUAGCCCUGUCGAACGCGUACGGCCUUGGCAUUCGAGCGACCAGGUUCCAGGGCGGAGAGCGUGACGAUUUCAACUGGACUGCGACUCGAUAUUCGACAAACACUGUCCAAGCAGCGAAGCACCCUUGUGACUUGGUGGAGGAGGAUGCAACUAUUUUGCGUCUCGACGCUGAGGUUGCUGGUGUGGGUACAGGGGCGUGCGGUCCUGGAGUUGCAGAACGUCACCUUGUUGGUCUACGGGAGAUGGAGUUUGGGUUCAAGCUCGAGGCACUGUCUCAUGGCUCCCUCUGA